AUGAUAAAUUGUACCCUAAUAUUUUUUUCUAAAUUCAGGCCCGUUUUUGGUCAGCGGCAUGUUCAAGUGUUUCUACUAUUUCUCUGCAUAACGGUGAAUUAUAUAGUAAAAUUCAAUGCUGGUGUUUCAGUAGUAGCCAUGACAAAUGCGGAGACAACAAAUCCUAACUUUCCGGAAUAUGAUUGGAAUGAAAUGGAAAAAUCCUUUAUACUCUCCAGUUUCUUUUGGGGAUAUUUUGUUACACAAUUUCCGGGAGCUUUCCUUUGUAAACGUUUUGGUGCUAAACUAAUAAUGUUCGUUUCAACUAUGGGCUCAUCUGCGGUUGCUGUUCUCGUACCCCUUGCCUUAGAUUGGGGUGGCUGGCAGGUGUAUUGUGGUAUACGUGUGGUGCAGGGUCUAUUUCAAGGUCUACUCUUUCCAUGUGUACACACCCAUUUAGCUUCUUGGUGUCCGGUUGAUGAACGUAAUCGUUUAGGUGCUUUGGCUAAUACGGGUAUUGAUUGUGGCACUUUGUUAGCAGUAUUUCUGAGUGGUACUAUAGCAGCUUCAUCUAUUGGUUGGCCUGGUAUUUCUUAUAUGUCUUGUGGUGUAGGAGUAUUUUGGUGUAUUCUAUGGUUUUUGUUUGCCGCAAAUUCUCCUAAUGAAUCAAAAUUUAUAACCGAAGCUGAGAGAAGUUAUAUUGAAAACUCCAAAAAUGCUUUAAAAGAACAUGAUGUGAAUGUCACACCCAAAUCUAUACCCGUUCCAUGGAAGGCCAUUUUAAGCUCAUGGCCUUUUUGGGCUUUAUUAGUGGCCAGAUCAGCUGAUUCAUGGGGUUUCUCGACUUUACUAGCUGAAAUACCUUCCUAUAUGAAUGCCGUUUUAGGCAUAGAUAUGAAAAAUAAUGCCUUAUAUUCCGCUUUACCAUAUCUCGCCAUGUGGUGUAUGUCCUACGUUUAUAUCAUUAUGGCCGAUUUACUUCUGAAACGCCAAAUUCUUACACUUAAUGCGCUAAGAAAAACAUUUAACUCUAUGGCUGCUUGGAUACCAGCCAUUGGUCUUAUAAUGGUGGGAUUUUUGGAUCAAGAUCAAAAAACCUUGGCUAUUGUUUUGUUGACGGCCAAUGUGGGCAUCAAUGCGGGUGUUACUAUUGGCAGUAUUUUGAACACUAUCGAUUUGUCACCCAAUCAUGCUGGCAUUAUAAUGGGUAUUGUUAAUACUUCGGCCAAUAUAGUGCCCAUUUUAACGCCUCUAGUAGUGGGUCUCAUUGUUGACGAUAAGACUGAUCGCACUCAGUGGCAAAUAGUGUUUGCCAUUUCUGCGGCCGUAUGGGCAAUGGGUAAUCUUUUCUAUGUUAUUUUUGGUUCAACAAAUCUACAGCCUUGGGACGAUGAAGAUUAUCUUUCGUCUAAGGAUAUACAAAACGAAGACUGCAAAAAGAAGGAACCCUUAGAUACUAA